CCAAACCUUUUCCCAACUUUCUCACUAUAUAGAAAGAGCAACACUAAUAUAUAUAUAUAUAUAUAUAUUUAUAUUAUUAGUCAAAUAUGGUGUCUGUUCAAGCUCUAAAUCAAAGGAAAGUGAUCACUCCAGAGGCUAAGAAUAAUUCAUCCCAGAAUAAGAGAAUAAGGUGGGAAGAUCAUGAUCCUGAUGAUCAGUUGCCUUUUAAUUUCGAAAAAAAUUACAAUAAUAAAAGAUCCAAAAAUGAUCUCUUGAUGGCAGCUCAUGACAUAGAGCUACACCUUGAGACUCCAUUACCUUCCGAAUGGCAAAGAUGUCUUGAUAUUCAGUCAGGAAAGAUACACUUUUACAAUACAAAGACAGAAACAAGAACUUGUAUGGAUCCAAGGGAAAGUACUACUCAUCAUGAUGAUCAGCCACUUUUAAAUUCAAUUUCGAGUAAUGAUAAUCAUCAUCAUCAUCAUGGUCAUAUGAUCAGCUUAGACCUCGAGCUCAACCUAACAACAACAAGCGAAUCAUCACCCAUAAUAACAAAAAAAGAUGACCAAUAUUUCACCAAUAUUAAUUCAUCAUCAAAUACUACUACGACUGAUCUGGUUUAUAAUAAUAAUAACGAUCUCUCAAAUUCAGCAAUGGAAUAUUAUUCCAGCGAUCGAAAGAUCAAGAAGACUACUAGGAAUACUAGUAGUAGUGGUAGUUGGCCGUCGUGGUUGGCGUUCGAAACGGCGGCCGAUGAGAUGGUGGCUACCGUUUGCAUGAGGUGUCACAUGUUGGUUAUGCUAUGCCGAUCCUCUCCCUCCUGCCCAAAUUGCAAGUUCAUGCAUUCAUCAUCCGAAAAAAAUCUACUCAAACUUUAAUAUUUAGGUUAAUUAUUAAGCUUUAAUAAAUUUAUAUCUAUAGCUCUGUAUUGAGUAAUUUCUUUUCUUUUUUUUUCUUGUUUUUAUAUGUAAAUUAUCUCUUUUAAUUUUAGUCUGGCAAGCAAAAUAAUAAUCUUGCUUGUAGCUAGGCCUUUUCCUCUAUAGCUAUACUUAAUGAUUAAUAAUUAUGCAUUAUAUAUAGUUUUUCUACUUUUAAUACCGAUCGAUGGUUAAGAAGAGUAGCUAGGUAGACUAACCUUAAAUAAUAUAUGUAUGUAAAUAUAUAAUAUUAUUAUAUAAUCAUCCUAAUUUUGUCAGGAA